AUGCUCAGCGAAUUGAACGAAGCAGGGAAGAGAAUAGGACUACGAAUUAACAGAAAGAAGACACAGUUUAUGAAGAACGCCUACUGCGAGGACGGAGGAGUACAACUUGAAGGCUCCCAAAUCGUGGAAACUUCGUCAUACGUAUACCUCGGACGUUCUAUGAACAUGGAAAACGACUUGAAGGAAGAACUGAAUAGAAGAAUAGAUGGACCAGCUGAGAGCUCAGCUGGAUACGUCCCAAAGACCUCGUCAACGUCACUCACGAAGCUUGAGAACAUCUUGGAUGACAAUGGCGAGGGAACGAAACGAGUGGAAGAGAUGCUGGGACCCACACGUCCAGUGAAAACGGGCCAUCUAAGUAAGUAA